CCUUUGCCAUUCGCACGGGCUGAUGAGAUCGAGGUUCUUAUCCCGGUUCCCGGCAAAGCGGAGCAUGCGGGCACCGCGAAUGCGGUGGACGACCACGCUGCACGCCCGGUUCGUCCAUGCGGUGGAGCUGCUCGGCGGCCACGAGAGAGCCACACCAAAGUCCGUCCUUGAGCUAAUGGACGUGAAAGAUCUAACCUUGGCACAUGUUAAGUCUCAUUUACAGAUGUAUCAAACCGUGAAGACUACCGAUAGAGCAGCAGCUAAUUCUUCAGGACAAACGGCUGCAUUUGAUAAUGGAUCUUCAGGAGAAACUUCUGAUGCUUUGGUCAUUGAAGUUGCGAACCCGAAAAGGCCGGAACUUGGAAGGCAUGAUCAUCAAGAUUCGAGUCACCGUGGUCUCCGGAGCAAUUCUUCAAGGGAAGCUUGGUUGCAUGGCAAGCCAAAGGAUUCUGGAGGAAGCACUCCAUCUGUUGAGAAGGACAUGGAUCCAAAGCUCUCAACCUACGAGAGGACAUCAGAAAUCAGUUCACCGCCGGUCAUUCUCGCAGGCACAAGUCCCAUGACGCUAAACCUGGAAUUCACUUUGGGAAGGCCGCAUUAAUUAUUUGUAUAAUCUUUUUUUCCUACUGAUUUUGAGAGACCAUUAAUUGUAGCUUAUUAGAAUCAGCUGAUGAACAAAAAAGAAUCAGGUUCUUCCUGCUGAGAAAAUCAGAGGCGAGAAAGUGAGAGAAAAACAAAAGGAAAGGGAAGAGAGAGAGAGAGAGAGAGAGAGAGCUGAAGAAAGACAAGGAGACAAGAAAGACAGAAAGCAACAAAAGUAGAGACUGAGUUGGAGAAGGGAAGGAAAGGAAAAGCGUCCUUGUCAAGCUGCAUCUGAGAGAGACUCGA